CUCACCACAUUGAAUUGAAAAGCAAGAACGGUUGAGGGUUGAAGGAGCACUAGACUCCAGAGUGCAAGUAAAAAUAUCAAGCAAAAUCAGAACUUUCAAGUUCUAAGUUUAUCAUGUAUCAAACAACAAACCAGCAAAAAUCAACCGAUGAAAAAAGACCCCUGGAGGUUGACCAUGAAGAACAGCAGGAUAAAGUACAAGAAACUACGUGUCAGCACGCAUUUUUCAGGCGCCCUCCCGGAGGACAUCCUCUAUUGUUUCGGAGAAAUCCCAGUGGAACAACACAUCAGGUUCCUAACCCUGAAGAUGGAUCAGCUCCAGGAGUUUUGCCUGCGAAUUCUACAUCUUCCACUGCUGAAACCAGAAUUUCGGCCGUCCUUAACAGUGAAGGUGGAUCUCAAAGAGUUAUAGCCCCAGAUACGUCUACAUCUUCUACCACCUCCACACAGAGCCGGUUGAAAAUUCAAACUGACAUUGUGGCUGUUACAUCCGAAGCACCAACAACAGAAGAUGCUGAGGUCAAUAACUCAAAUGUGAGAACUGGACAAGAGACUUUGAAGGUUGUAAUUACAACACCAGCAGCUGAGAAUGCUACGCUUGAUUGCUCAAAUGUGGGACCUGGUGGAUGCCCACCUGUUGGAAUUACAGCACCAACAAUUGAAGAUGUUGCGGACCAGAACUCAAAUGUUAAGACUGAAGCUACACCGAAAACUGAAGAUGUUGCGGCCAAUAACUCAAAUGUUGGAACCCAAACACUAGCAACUGAAAAUGCUACGCUUGAUAGCUCAAAUGUUGUCAUUGAAAAUCCAAUAGUUGAAAACGGUGCGCCAGAUAACCCAAAUGUUGAAACUGGAGUACCAGCAAGUGAAGAAGUUGUGCCCAAUAACCCAAAUAUGAGACGGAGACAUUCAAGAAGAGUCACUGAUGAGAGCAGUCAAAAUUUUGAGGAAGCCAACAAGAAGGAACAGAAUUCUGAAGACCAAACUGCUGAUGUCCAAAACUGCGUAUCUAAAAGCUUUGAUACUGAAGGAUCGAGGGAUGACAUUACCAGCAUGUUAAUAAAAAUGGUCGAAGAAAAAUGUUUGCAUGAGAAUAAUGCUCGAAAGACGGAGGAAAAGGAGGUCAAAGGCAAGUCCCAGAGUGCGUCCGUUAAGUGUUGGUUUUGCUUUUGCUACGCGGAGGGAUAAGAAAGAAUACCAUUGCCCGUUGCAGUUUGGAGGAAUUGUUGGUUUUCAGUUCCAAGACUCUUUUUCUCACUAAAGAUUUUGUGGGUUUUUGAUCAAAUUCAUUGGAGUUUUUUUUUUUUUUUU